GCACGUGGUGCACUCCCGCGAUUGGUCAGCAGGUGGCGCUGUGGUUUGCAGCCAGCAGAGGGCGGUACAAUGAGCGGCGCCUCAUCGCGGCUGCUUAGCGGGGCGCUGCGCCUCUUCGGCCGGGCGGGCAGCAUGGACAAGGCGGUAGUGAGGGCCGUCCCGUCCGAGGUCAAGCUCAGCAUCUCCCUCACCCUGUCCGGCUCCCACCGGCAGCUGCAGAGGGACCAGACCGAGCCGCUGGGCAGAGCCCUGGCCCGAAUCUCCGCCAGCGCCACCAAGACCAAGAAGCGGAAGGAGCCGCCGGCCCCGGGGCCUCCGGUGCGGCUCUUCUACCGGGGGCAGCCGGUGUCCGAGGCGGCGACCAACGCGGAGGCCUGGCAGGACGGCGCCGAGCUGCUGGUGGGGAACGUCAUCUACCGGGUGGAGCGGAACCCGCCGACCUGCCACGAGCUGGACCUGCCCCGGCACGUCAUGGCCGGCUUCCCGGUCUGCCCGCGUCUAAAGCUGGAGUUCUCCGAUCCCGACCACUCGCUCUUCGUCUGGUACAAGCAGCAGGCCGGAGGGGAAGCCGGGGACUCUCCUGGGAGCCCUGCCCAGCCACAGUGGGUGGAGGCCGGCCAUGAGCGCGUCUUCACCCCGGCUAUCGGAGAUAUCGGUCUGCGGCUUAAAGUACGGUGCACCCCCGGAGACGGCCAGAGGUUCGGGGAGGGCCGGGAGCUGGAGGUGGAGGGCCCCGUGGAGGCCGGGCCCGGGGCCUGUACGUUCGAUGGGCGGCACCUGUACACGCAGCGCCUGACCGAGGAGCCGGUGAUACGGACGGUGUCCUACAACCUGCUGGCCGACGUGUACGCGCAGACCGAGCACGCCCGCACCGUGCUCUUCCCCUACUGCGCCCCCUACGCCCUGGAGCUGGAGUACCGCCACUGCCUCAUCCGCAAGGAGCUGAGCGGCUACCGCGCCGACCUGCUCUGCCUGCAGGAGGUGGACCGCGCCGUCUUCUCGGACAGCCUGGCCCCGGCGCUGGAGGCCUUUGGCCUGGAAGGACUCUUCCGCCUCAAGGACAAGCAGCACGAAGGCCUGGCUACGUUCUACCGGCGCGGCCGCUUCCGCCUGUGCAGCCAGCACGACAUCUUGCUGGGGGAGGCGCUGACCGGGAACCCGCUGCACGACGACAUGCUCCAGCGCCUGUCCUGCUUCCCGGCCGCCAAGGAGAAGAUGCUGCAGAGGUCCUCCGCCCUACAGGUGUCUGUCCUGGAGUCCACGGCUGAUCCUCCCAGAAAAAUAUGUGUGGCCAACACCCAUCUUUACUUCCACCCAAAAGGUGGCAACAUCCGGUUACUUCAGAUAGCUGUUGCCUUAUCUCACAUCCGACAUGUGGCAUACGAACUCUACCCUGGCAUUCCCAUCAUAUUCUGUGGAGAUUUUAAUAGCACCCCUUCCACUGGUAUGUACAGUUUCAUAAGAGAUGGGACCAUCGCUGAGGACCAUGAAGACUGGACAUCGAAUGGAGAUGAGGAACGCUGCAACAUGUCCCUUAGCCACCCUCUGAAACUAAAGAGCGCCAGCGGGGAGCCUGCCUACACCAAUUAUGUGGGUGGCUUCCAUGGCUGCUUAGAUUAUAUAUUCAUUGACUCUGAAAGUUUAGAUGUGGAACAAGUGAUUCCUAUGCCAAGUCAUGAAGAAGUCACCAGCCACCAGGCUCUGCCUAGCGUUUCACACCCGUCUGACCAUAUAGCUCUUAUAUGUGACCUAAGGUGGAAGUAAGCUCCAUCCAUGAUUACAUGUCAUAUUUUAUGCUGCUGAUACUAACACUGUUCUCCAUAAAAUGUCUUCAGCAUU